UCUGGCAUUCCAGCAUUCCAGCUUUGGCUGUGUUCCGAUAUUAACUGCCAGUACUGAAAAUGUAUAGUAUAUGUGGCGUGAACUAUAAAUUUUCAGUACUGCCAGUAAAAACAGAACACAGCCUUUAUGUAAACCCGAAUAUAACCGAACGUUGCGGAAAUAGCCGAAGAGCUAGUAGUCCCUCCUUCCCACUAAUCUCAGCUACCCUCAUAAAAAGGUUCUGUCUGGUUCUGUCUACCUUAGUCUAUGGUCAAGACCACAUGAUUCCUGAAUGAUGCAAUAUAUAAUAAAUAGUGCUGUUUGUAAUAAAAUUAAUAUGGCAAAAGAAAAGGCAAAAAGAAAAGGAACUUACAAAGUUGAAUAUCUUCAAGAAAUUGAGAGAAAGGUGCAACCGAAAUGGGAAGCUGCAAAAAAAUUCCAUGUGGAUGCACCUGAUCAAGAUACGAGAUCACCGAAUGAAAAAUAUUUUGCAACUUUUCCAUUUCCUUACAUGAAUGGACCUCUUCAUCUUGGACAUGGUUGCACGCUAUUUAAGUGUGAGUUUGCUACUCGAUACAAUCGUCACUUAGGAAAGAAAGUACUCUUUCCCAUGGGCUUGCACGGCUCAGGUAUGCCCAUUAAAACUAGUGCUGAUAAAUUAAAAAGCGAACGGGCGAUGUAUGGUUAUCCACCUAAGUUUCCUGAAAUCGAGAUAGUGGAAGAAAAAGUAGAUGACGUGAUAAAGGAUAAGAGCAAAGGCAAAAAGAGUAAGGCAGUUGCUAAAGCCGGUUUAGCUAAACAUCAGUGGCAAAUUAUGCAGUCUCUUGGUUUAAAAGACGAGGAAAUUCAGCAGUUUACCGACGCUGCACAUUGGUUGGAAUAUUUCCCAUCGCUUGCUGUCCAAGAUUUAAAAUCUAUUGGUCUUCAUGUGGACUGGCGAAGAACUUUUAUUACAACGGAUGCAAAUCCAUUUUAUGAUUCUUUUGUACGCUGGCAGUUCCAUCAUUUGAAAUCUAGGAACAAAAUCAAAUAUGGAAAGAGGUACACUAUUUAUUCACCAAAAGAUGGUCAACCUUGCAUGGAUCACGAUAGAUCCUUUGGUGAAGGUGUUGGACCGCAGGAAUAUACAUUGAUCAAAAUGAAAGUUCGAUAUCCUCAGAAAAUUAAGAAUUUUAAUAUAAGUCAGUUCAAAGAUAAGUCGGUUUACCUCGUAGCUGCAACUUUAAGACCAGAGACAAUGUACGGUCAAACAAACUGUUGGGUUCAUCCUGACAUGGAUUAUAUCGCAUAUAAGUUAGCAUGCGGGGAUAUUUAUAUUUCUACGGAACGUGCAGCGAGGAAUAUGUCCUAUCAAGGUUUCUUUGAAACAGAAGGAAGAAUAGAUGUUGUGCAAAAGUUCAAGGGUGAAGACUUACUAAGGCUGGAAUUGGAAGCUCCUCUCACGUCUAAUAAAGUGAUAUAUACGUGCCCUAUGUUGACAAUACAAGAAGACAAAGGUACUGGUAUCGUGACUUCCGUCCCUAGUGAUUCUCCUGAUGAUUAUGCUGCAUUAGUGGAUCUAAAAAAAAAACCACAACUUAGAGAGAAAUACGGAAUCACCGAGGAAAUGGUGUUGCCGUAUAAUCCAAUUCCAAUCAUCGAAGUUCCAGAUUUUGGCAAUUUAGCAGCAGUAACGUUAUAUAAUCAAUUAAAGAUUCAAUCCCAAAAUGAUAAAGCUAAACUUACAGAAGCAAAGGAAAUAGCAUACUCGAAAGGAUUUUACGAUGGUGUACUGUUAAUAGGUCCAUAUAAGGGCAAGAAGAUACAAGAGGUUAAGAAACUAAUUCAAAAAGAAAUGAUUAAUAGUGGUGAAGCAGUGAUUUAUUAUGAACCAGAAAAAACUAUUAUUUCAAGAUCAAAUGAUGAAUGUGUAGUAGCCUUAUGUAAUCAAUGGUAUUUAGAUUACGGUGAAGAAAACUGGAAGAAGGAAACGCUUGAGGCUUUAAAGAAUGUAAAUACAUUCCAUGAGGAAGUUAGAAAGAAUUUCCUUGCUUGCUUUGACUGGUUACAUGAACACGCAUGUUCAAGAACAUAUGGACUUGGCACUAAAUUGCCAUGGGAUGAAAGUUGGUUAAUAGAAUCUCUAUCAGAUUCUACUAUUUACAUGGCUUAUUAUACAAUAGCGCAUUUUUUGCAAGGGGAAUCCUUUAAAGGAGAUAAACCUAAUGCAUAUGGAAUAAGAGCCUGUGAUAUGACUCCGGAAGUAUGGGACUAUAUCUUCUUUAAAGACGCUAUACCGCCUAAGACAAAUAUAGAUAGAGCAAUUCUAGAUCGGAUGAAACACGAAUUUCAGUAUUGGUAUCCUGUAGAUUUAAGGGUUUCAGGAAAAGAUCUGAUACAAAAUCAUCUUACAUAUUACCUUUACAACCAUACAGCGAUAUGGCCAAAUCAGCCUGAACUCUGGCCGCAAGGGAUCAGAGCAAAUGGUCAUCUUCUUCUGAAUUCAGCGAAGAUGUCCAAGUCUGAGGGCAACUUUUUAACACUUGCUGAAGCUGUGAAAAAAUUCUCAGCUGAUGGUACGCGUCUCUGUCUAGCUGAUGCCGGUGAUUCGAUAGAAGAUGCCAAUUUUGUUGAAAGUACAGCCGAGGCAGGAAUCCAUAGACUGUAUAAUUUUGUAGAAUGGGUUCGAGAUACUCUGAAUAAAGAUGCACUGAAUGAAGAUGUACAGGAAUAUAAAUUCCAUGAUAAAGUUUUUGAAAGUGAAAUAAAUUUGAAAAUACGAGAAACUGGUGAAUAUUAUUCAAAAAUGCUGUACAAAGAAGCAUUGCGGACAGGAUUUUACGAACUUCUAGCUGCAAGAGAUAAAUAUUUGCAAUUAACUUCAACGGUUAAUCCGAAUCUAAUUAAGAAGUAUAUAGAAAUUCAAAUAAUUCUUCUAUCUCCCAUUUGCCCACAUAUUUGCGAAUAUAUAUGGGGAGACUUACUUAAAAAAGAUGGCUUUAUACUAGAUGCAACGUGGCCUGUAGUAGGAACAGUAGAUGAAAUUUUAAUAAAAUCUUCUCAAUAUCUAAUGGAUGCUGCUCAUACAUUUAGAAUUCAUCUAAAAAGUUACAUGCAAAAGUUAUCGAAGAAUGCAAAGAACGAUAUAAGAAAACCUACGCAAGGAAUCAUCUGGGUGGCUAAGACUUAUCCUCCUUGGCAAAGUGUCAUCCUUACAACGAUGAAGGAAAUGUACUGCGAAAAUGGAAAUAAAUUACCGGAUAAUAAAACACUCUCUACUGUAUUGUACAGCAAAGUUGAGUUGAAAAAAUAUAUGAAAAGAGUAAUGCCAUUUGUGCAAUUCGUUAAGGAAAAAAUGGAAACCGGUGGUCUCAGUGCGCUGAAUCUGACCCUUGAUUUUGACGAAUUUGCUGUACUCGAGAACAACAAAGAGUAUCUCCAAAAAACAUUAAACCUUCGAGAUAUUGAGAUUAAAUAUACGGAUGAAGCUCCAGAAAAGACGAAAGAAGAAUGUUGUCCAGGCGCUCCGUACAUAGACUUUUCUAUAAAGUCAAUUACACUUGAUAUUAUUAAUACGCAAAUAUGUAACGGCUUAUUUCAAGUAUCUAUGGAAAUUUCGAUUGUAACUGAAACUGCAGAUAUUGUAUCCUACAUUGUAAAACAACACAAGUCUAUAAAAGAUUUUUCAGAUCCUGCUUCGAUCGUGUUGUAUCGGUAUAAUGAUCCGAACAUGGGACCCAGAACUAAACCAGGAAACAUUUUAAAAGAAACAACUAAGAUUCCACCAGAUUCUAUAUUUAAGCCAAAUCUAGAAACAAAAAACGUUGAAAUUAGUGUUGCAGGUAAAACAUAUGAAAUAGGCGGCCGUUUGAUAUAUAUCGAUAAAUCUCUGGAAAAAUAAACGAUAUAUUUGAUCUGAGCCAUGAAACAUUUUAUUAUUAAGUAUACAAUCAUUAUUUUUGAAAUAAUUAAAGAAUGAUGGCGAUGGUGUAGUGAAACCAGAGGUGGAACCAGAGAGGAACCCUCUGGCGUCGUACUACACAUGCAUUCACUUGUAAGCGUAGUCGCUUACACACACACACACACACACGCACACACACACACACACACACACAUGCGUGUGCGCGCGUGCCUUUGCGUAGCUUUAAGUCAUACUUGUAUACUCGCGUAUUUUGUACUAAUUUGUUUAAUUAAUAAAUUUAUCUGUAGCUUUCUAAA